AUGUCAAGACUAGCUAAACUCUUUACAUCAGCGAAGACCAAAGUACCAUUGUUUCUAGGAUACCGUUGAACCAAUAUUGCGCACAAGGAGAAUCAGCGACCAACUCUGAAAGACCGUGAAAGAGUGAACAGGAGGUGGCAGUAGUACCAAUCUUUAUACACGAAAGACGGCGAACACUGGAUCAUUCCCGGCGAUCUCAGAGACUUUAUACUCGAGCAUAUAGGAUCACUGCUCUAUUAUCGUAUUGGACUUCUACAAACCUUUACUACGGACCUACUACGGCAGAAAUCUAUCCAGCGGUCCUCUCUUCUACCACCAGUGAGCAUCCGUGCGGAAGAAGAACGGAUACCAGAAAGUGCGAGCGUGGUGUGGGACUGGGAGUACGAGGGAGACAGAGAGGCAAAGAGAGGGAGGACGGGUUGUAUUGAAAAGAAGCAUGGACUCCGCCGCCUCGCAGAGCAUACUCUCUCGUCGACCAGCAGCUGGCGGUCUUCCUCAGUUCCAUCUUCCUCCUCCCAAUACGUCCUUGGACCCUCAAAUACCGAGAGUGAGUGACAGUAUAAGUCCGCCCUCCUCGAGUCUCAACAGCAGCAGCUCGCACAGCCCCCACACAGGCAUAACACAGUAUAGUAGCCAUCCUAGUUGGUCCAUGUCGAAUAAUUCCUCUUACACAUACGGCUCGAUUACUCCGGGGGCGCAGUCUAGCGUAAUGUCAUCAAAUUACAACCGCCAUUUGUAUUCCCCGAGUGCACCAGGUGCCCCAGGGGGGCCAGGGCAACCGGGCUACAGCUCGAGAAAUUCCCAAACGCCUGCAACAACAGAUGGGUUGGCACAAGCGUAUGAUAGCCACUCUUUUCCAAUGUCUAUUACAGGGGGCGCUACAAAUCACUCGAGCUUUGCUUCACAGCCUUCACAUAAUCAGCAUAUACAGCAUGCGAUUCUAGGUUCUCAAACAUCACAACCACCCACACCUGCAGCGCCCGCGCCAUCCGAAAGCUAUUCAAGACCACCUCAAACGCCUAGUUACUACGCAGCACCAUCAUCAACACCACAACAGAACUCAUUCCCAUCGUUCCCACCACCUCAUCCAUCUCCUACGCAACUUUCGCCGUCAACAACAGGGGCUCCAACGAGAGCCAUCCCAGCCUUGAGUUCACAGCAUCCCGGUCCUAUGGGAUCACUUCCACCUUAUGCGAGCAGGCAUUACGGCUAUUCGGCACCAGUUUCUAGCUUAGGGCCCAUGGUUCUAUCAAAUAUGGGCAAUCCAGGAGGUCAAAUGCAUCUUAUGGGUGCCCCAAAUCCUUUAAACGCUUAUCACCACACAGGGCAUGGACUCCCGCACCAUUUAUACCCUGGAGCUCCAAACUCGCAGCAAGACCGCCCCUACAGAUGUGAUAUAUGCCCACAGUCGUUUAAUAGAAACCAUGAUCUAAAAAGGCACAAGCGAAUACACCUUGCGGUCAAACCCUACCCGUGUGAGUAUUGCGAUAAAGCUUUCUCUCGAAAAGACGCCUUGAAGCGCCACCGGCUGGUGAAAGGUUGUGGUAAUAACGGAAAGACGUCACCGAAAAGUGGAAACGGAGGUUCCCCGGAGGACGAUUCGAAAAGGGACUUGGAUGGGCCAUCAGGCUCCUCAGGGCCCAUAAAGCCGGAACCGGCUUGAGAUAUUUUGGACAUCACGGGAGUUGGUUUCUAUUCUGGCAUUUGGGAGCGGAACUUGUUGAGCACAUCAGCAUGAUCAGGGCGAUGACAUCUCACCACCACCAUAAUGGGACGGAAAAGGGGCAAGGUUCUGGAGUAUUGGGUUUUUGAGCACACCGCACUCAUGAUUGAUUCAGAAGGAUACCAAAAUGGCAGUGAUCAUCGGACUAAUACAUGGUCGAGGCGUUUUCAGGCCGGAGGU